AGAAAUGAAUUUUUCUCAUGUUUUCUACAUGCUUGAUUUUGCCGAGUGUGUUGUGGAUUUAAAUAAAUUUAAGAGUCUAUUCCUCAAUUGUAUAUAAAAGUUCAGAGACGUUUUUUGUUUUUGUGUUUUUAAUAAUUUUAUAGACUGAUUACUUCUUCGAUUAGUGCUUUUAAAAUUUUAAUUCCGAAGUAAAUAUGAGUAAAGGCAAGAAAUUUUUUGGUAGAAAGAAAAAAGGAAUAACAAAAAAAGUUGUAAAGAAGAAAAAAGCUGAUGAAGACUAUAUCAAUAAAAAAUCCAUCUUUAACAGAUAUAAAAACAAACAAAAAAUGGAAAAGGAAUUAGAGAUAAAACGGCAGUGGGAAAAAAAAAUUCAAGAGAGACAAACAACAUAUUCUGAUGAAGAAGAAGAGGAAGAGGAUGCCUAUGGUCAGUUGGUAUCAUGUUUCACUAAUAAAAAAGGCAGGCUCACUGUAGACAGUGAGGAAAGUUCCAGCAGUGAUAAUUCAGAUACUGAAGAAAAAAUUAGAAGUAGUGAUGAAUUAGAACAACAAAUGACAUCGCAAAGUGACUUAUGUGAUGAUGUAAAUGAGGAAAAAGAUAUAGCCGGUACUGCAGAAUUAGAGGAUUCCAAUGAAGAUGAAUUUGAGCCUGAACAAGAUAGCAACAAUGAUCCUUUCACUAGGCAUCUACAAUAUGAUUUAAGUGAUGAACUAUUCAUUUCCCUCUCAAAUUCUUCACCUAAUGUAGACCAAUUCAUCAAAACCUGGCCAGUACUUGGAAACUUAUCUAUAACAAUACCAAAACCAGUAGAAAGUAAUUUAAAAAGAGUGAAACCUAAGAUUUCAAUAUUAGAGAAAAAAACAUAUGCACCACAUGGAUCAGCUCCACAUAACAUUACCAAAAUAGACUUUAAUUUACUACAUUUAAAGUCACAAAUUCAUGGUAAUAUCACAUCUAGUAAUAAAAUUAAUCUGAUUAAAAAAGAUUUAGAACUGAUAGAAGUGUUAACUCCCUUACAAAAGGAACUGUUUGCUGUUAUAAAUAAUUAUCAGGAUUUAUAUUACCCUGAAAGAACAUUUAUAAAUGCAGAUGAAAUUCGAUACAUUUAUUGUCUUCAUGUUGUGAACCACAUGUUAAAAACUCGAACUAAAAUCAUACAUCAUAAUGCAAAAUUAUCAAAGAAAUCUGACAUGUCUGAUGAAUUUCGGGAUCAAGGUCUGGUGCGACCAAAGGUUAUAAUAUUGGUUCCAUUCAAAGAUGCAGCUUAUAGAGUUAUUAAAACAAUUAUCGAUAUUUUAGUGCCAAAAGAGGCUGGACAAGUACUGAAUAAAAAUAGGUUUGAAGAUGAUUUCACAGGCGGUGAACUGAUAAUGCCCAAAAAAAACCCUAAACCGGAAGAUUAUGAACUAUUAUUUGCUGGCAACACAGAUGAUACAUUCCGUCUUGGCAUGACUUUAACUAAGAAAACACUCAAGCUAUACACAGAUUUUUAUUCAUCUGAUAUUAUAGUGGCCUCUCCUCUUGGAUUACGAAUGAUUAUUGGGGCAGAAGGGGAGGAAGAUCGUGAUUAUGAUUUUUUGGCUUCUAUUGAAAUAUUGGUAAUGGAUCAAACUGAUGUAUUCCUAAUGCAAAAUUGGGACCACUUGCUCCAUGUCUUGGAUCAUUUUCAUUUGCAGCCAAAAAAAACUCAUGGGGCUGACUUUUCCAGAGUUAGAUCUUGGGCUGUAAACGGAUGGUCAAAAUACUACAGGCAGACAUUGAUAUUUUCAUCUUUGUUGUUACCAGAGAUAAAAUCUGUGAUGAAUAAAAAAUGCUACAAUUAUGCCGGAAAGGUUAUAAUAGCUAAUCCUGUUGAGGUGGGCACUAUACAGCAAGUGUUAAUACAAGUACCACAGAUAUUCCAUAGGUUCAAUGCCACAAAUCCAUUGAGAUCAGUUGAUGAAAGAUUUGAUUACUUCAUCAAAGAAAUUUUACCGAAACAACGUGAUACGUUGAUGAGCCAUACACUUUUGUAUGUUCCUAGUUAUUUUGAUUAUGUUCGUAUCCGUAAUUACUUCAAAAAGGAAGAUAUAAGUUUUGUACAGAUAUGUGAAUACUCAAAGGAUUCCAAAAUUGCACGAGCACGAGACAUGUUCUUCCACACUGAAGCUCAUUUCUUGCUGUACUCUGAGAGAGUACACUUUUUCAGGAGAUUUCGUAUUAAGGGAAUUCGUCAUAUAAUAUUUUAUCAGCCCCCUACAUACCCCCAUUUUUAUUCAGAAAUGUGCAAUCUUAUGCAGGAGAGCAAUCAAAACAAGUACGGUGGCAGCGAGUGCAAUAUGACGGUGUCAGUAGUGUGGAGCUCGUACGACGCAGCGCGGCUCGCUGCAUUGCUGGGCACACAGCGCGCCGCACGUAUGCUGCAUUCCGACAAGCCUGUACAUAUGUAUAUGACUGGAGAUUAAUAAAUUGUAUAGGUAUAUAUAAUAAACGUUUUAUUAA